AUGCAUGGGCGGCCGCAAAACCCCAGCAACGCGAGUCGGAAAGAAUCAUGCAUGCAUCAGGGACUGUCGACGGUCGAGAGAUAUGUGACGCUAUGUGACAUGUGUGUGACUGGGCGUUGUGACGUUUCCUCUCCGUCGCCCCCGCCGUCAACACUGGCUCCCUCCCGCGUGGACACUCUGCGCAAGGCUGCUGCCGGCACCCGCGCUGGGCGGCGGCGGCUGAGCGAGCUUGGUGCAGAUGCAGCUGCCAACGCAUCCCAGACCCUGGACUGGAGCACAAGCUAUCAGGCGGGCUCAUCCAGCCCUGCCUCUGGUGCCAGUUCCGAAGACGACGACAGUGACGAUCAGACCGUCGUCGACCAGCGGAGCUCCCACCAAGAGCAGCGAACUAGCGCGCAGGACGUGCUUCACAAAGCCCCCGUUCUCAAUCGUCGCCCACCAAGCCCUGUACACCACCUUUCGAGCUCUGACGGCUCCAAAGGCAGCGGCAAGGCGCGCUCAGGCCCCCGCUCCUUCACUCGUUCCAGAUCGCCCGCCCCUCAAUCCGUUCAUUCCAACGGCCCUGGCCUCCCCCCACGCACCCCAUCCCCCAGCGCGUUCUUCAGGGCGCGGCACAUCCCGACGUCCGCUUUUCGGUAUGUGCUCCCUGGAAUGUUGUCUCUAUCGUUCCACGUCCCUCUGUCAUCGAAGGUGUGCCAGCUCGCUUUGGACGCGAAGUACGCGGCGGAAUGCUCGUCUUUGCUCCUGGCGCUCGGAUGCGUUGCAUGGAAACUGUCCGAGUUCGACCCGGACUCCCCCAAUGUAUGGUUAUCGAUAGCAUCGCUUAUCUAUGUCUUCUGCACGCACUUCUCCAUUUCGACGUCCCCCGCUCCGACGAAAACGCAAUCUGUGACAUCGCCUGUUCUACUCCGUUCUGCAUCCCCUCGUUUCAACGAAGCCCGCGAAUUCAAGCGGGCUUCUUCUCACCUUCCUGUGCCUCCCAAACCGGUCUUUGGAUACGUAUGGAUGACUGUGCCCAAAAAUUACAGAAACUCUACGGACGACGGUAUGCUGUCCGGACUAAUUCUAGGCCCUCUCAUCGCCUCCUCCCUUUUGUACGCCUCGCAGAAAAUGCAGGCCUCGGCAACCUCACCGGACAUGCUCCGUUCGCCUUCCCAUUGGUAUAUCGAGCCUCCUCCCGUGCUUUCCAAUCUCGGAAAGCCGCUGUCAUUGCUCCAAGCGCUCGUCCUUUCUCGACGGAACGCCGUCAGCCUAGCUACGCUCUGCUCCGCGAUCCUUUUAGUCCACGUCUGCGCGUCGUGGGGGUUCGAGGCCCUCUAUCGUCGGCGCACAAACGUGGCAGAGGGGGAGCGUGCCUCGGUGCCACGGAGUGAAGCCCGCAAGUCGUGGCUAUAUGUGCUCUUCACGUCCGCGGUUUGCCUCGGCCUUCUCGCUCUGCGGUUCCUGUUUGAGCGGGCGCAUCUGGGCGUCUGGCAAGCGAUGUCCUACUGGGAAAUUGCGUGCGCGUCGGUGUUUUAUCAGUUGUCGCUGUACAUCGCCAUCCGUCUCGCGCACCGUGGGUUCACCCUCGGCGAGCUGUCGUUGGUCGUCUUUGGCGCGACAGGUCUAUAUAUGGAGCUGAUAUGGCCUGUCACGACCCCUUUCAUCAAGACGUACCGUCUGCCCACGCCACUGUUGAUCUACCAAAUUGCGCUCAUCCCCGGAUCUUUGCUGACCGGGUUCCUGCUCUCGCCGCUGCUCGUGCUCUCGCGGCAGAUCGCCCAGCGCCCCGUGCGUCGCCUCCGCUUCCCACAUGAAAAGCAGGCGCACCGCCGCGCGCUCGCUGCGGGCUUCUAUUUGGGUGCCACGCUCAUCAUCGGUGGGCUUAUCGGGAUGUGGACCCGCUGGUGCCUUCGAAACCGCGACCCGUGGCUGUGGGUGGUCUAUUGGCUGCUCGAGGGCCGGAAGCAGUGGACGCGGCCCGCGUUGCUGGUUUAUUGGGCGCUGCUGGGCAUCAUCAGCGUGGCGGGGUGGAACCGCCAGCUGGCGCGCUCGCGGCGGUAUCGCCCUCGGAACGCCAUGGGCGGGAUGGGCGAUGGGCAGAACGGGGGCGGCGGGACGCCCGCGAGCGAGCCGAGCCGGCCGUCGACGCCGCCGAGCUCGGCGUCCGCGAUGGGGCUGACGUUCGCGAGCGUGGCGAUGCCGCAGCUGCCCGCGUUCCCGCACGGGGCGAACCUGGGCGCUGCGCUGGGGGCGAGCGAGUGGCUGGACGCGGCGGACCGGCGGGUGCCGACGCUGGGGCUGAACGGGCGGCGCAAGUUCUUCCACGCGCUCGCGGUGGUAAUGUUCCUGCCGGGGGUGGCUGCGGACCCCGCGUUCGCGCACUUGGCGUUCAGCGCGGCGUUUGCGCUGUUCGCAUUUGCGGAGUACGUGCGGUACUUUGCGCUGUACCCGUUUGGGGCGUCGGUGCACCUGUUCAUGAACGAGUUCCUGGACCACAAGGACAGCGGGACGGCGAUCUUGAGCCAUUUUUACCUGCUGACGGGGUGCGCGGGCUCGGUGUGGUUCGAAGGAUCAUCGCGACUUCUGCUGUAUACGGGUACCCUGGCUGUCGGGGUCGGAGAUGCAGUGGCGUCGAUCGUGGGGAAACGGGUGGGGAGGCACCGGUGGUCGCCGACGACGUCAAAGACGGUGGAGGGGAGCGUGGCGUUCACGCUGUCGGUGGCUGGGUUUGCGUGGGCGCUGGGGCUGUGCGGGCUCGCGGAGGACUUUAGCGUGGUGCGGUACACGGUGAUUGUCGGGCUGUCGUCGGUGCUGGAGGGGCUCUCGGGGCAGAACGACAACCUGACUGUGCCGGUCAGUGUCGUCGAGUUGUGUGUGGGGCGGGGGACAGGGGCGCGGGUUUGCAAUGAGAUCAGUUACUCUGCGUGCGUCGUCAGAGGGGUGACCGGAGGCGCUGCGUGUGGAGGGCGAGUGAUGACGGGGUGGCCGGGGGCGUUGCUGGAUGCAAGCGAGCCCCGCUCCACUCCCGAGCACGCCAUGGACGACCAGCAGCGUCCGUCCCCGUCGUCGCCAGCACCGAGCGCGUUCGCGUUCCCCGCCCUCGUCCUCAACGACGUCGCCAUCCCGCUCUCGCUCACCGCACAGCAAAACGCAGUGUCGCUCGUGCCCCACGUCCACCUCGCGCACGCCAAACGCGCCAUCCGCCGCCCCCUCCGUCCGUCCACCGCCUCUGCGGUCGAGGAGAAGCACUUUAUCUUGCCGUCGUCCACGCAUGUAUACCCCGCCAGCGAGGGAGACACGCCGCUGCUGACCCCGGGGUCUGACCACGGCACGGCUGACAGAUCGUCCCUCGAGCCUGAUCGAGGCGGCGGCGGGCUCCAGGCGUCCUUGGCCGACAAGCCCGUGCCUGCCCCGUCCUACAGCCUGCGCGACAGCCCCCCCAAGCGAUCAGAUCACCCGUCCUCCAGAUCCCCCUUUGAUGUAUCUCCCCCCAUCGAGUCUGCCGCCGCAUCCGAGUUCUCGCUCCUCCAGCGCAUCUCAGAGGCCGCCACCAGCGAUCAUGACUGGGCCACCUUCGUUAGCGCGUACGCACUCGGCGGCUGGGACCCCCACAAAACUCCAAAUCAGCCCAGAUCGUGCUUCGAGCCCUCGCUCACCAUCUCCGAACCCUACGCGUCCCCGAAGGACCUGUCGUCCGCAGAGUUCGCAACGCUCGACCGGCCGCGGCUCCCCACCAUCGCUGCGCGCAGAUCGACCACGACAGACGUCUCCCAUUUCCCUCUAGGAGGCAACGGUGCCGUGCCUCUCCAGAAGCUCACUUCACGGGCCAUACUCCACGACCAUCUGCCACAGGGGAGCAGCGCCCUCUCUGUCCCCCCUCCAAUCGCCCGCGCCUCGUCGCUCUCUCGCCGCCCCACCGUCCCCAUAUCCUCUUCCUCAGCAUCGCGUCGUCAUCGAAACCCCUUCGCAGAUGUCCGCUCCCCAUCAAUCCCACAGCCCCCGACCCUCUCGCUCGGAUCUCUCCCUGCUACGGUCCCGCACGCAGACAGCACGACCACCGCAGCCGCGAUGCGGUGGGCUGCGGCGCGCGUGAACAUUUCCCCUCUCGCGCUCCCGUCGCCGGAGCACGAGCUCACGGACCCCAUGCGCGGCGCAAUCGCAGUCAUCCCAGGCUCGUAUUCCCCCGAAAUGCCCCCUGCCCAGGGUCCACUGUCCCCCGGAGGACGCAAGUCGCGCUUGGGCAGCUUCUGGGAGGGCACGCAGGACGUGGACAACGGUCCUCCGGCGAGCGCGUCGCCCUCGCCGCCGUCCGUCAACCAUUCCUCCCCCAGCCAGCUGCACGCCGCCCUCAACGCCGCCCUGCCGAUCGCGCCGACGCCCACAGCCGCACCGCCGACACUUCCGCAGGGAGUCCCGCUGGCCACGGCUCCAGUCCAGCAUAGCGUACAGCAGCUGGACGAUUACUUUGGCGACACGCCCCUCGUGCAGGCGUCCUCGUCGCACCCCAGCCCAGAGCAGCCGCACCCCAUCCAUUCGGGGACCUCGCACGUCCAUCGGCAGAGCACGGUCCCUCCGUUCGACUCGAUCGUGCAGACCGUCCCUGCACUCCCGCGCCGCGUGUGCCUCACGCGGCAGACGUCGUCGCCGCUGCCCAACGCCCAGCCGGUCUUCGACUCCCGCCCGGGGACGCAGCGCUCCGUGCCCGAUGCGCUCGCCUCGCUCAAGGCGGGCCGCGCGGUGAAGGAAGAGUCGAUGUUCACCGAGUUGGGGUACCUGACCGCGCCGCACCCGCCGGACGAGCUCGAGCGGCGGCGGGCGCUGUACCAGUUCAACCUGCGCAACACGGGCGCGGACGUGAACUUUGACCGCAUCGAGCGGCUCACGAAGCUCGUGUUCAACACGAAGACGGUCGCGAUCAGCCUGAUCGACGGGAACGAGCACUGGUUUAGGAUUCGAUACGUUUCCGCGGACCGGGUCGAUAUGCGCGCACGCGAUCCUUCAGCGGUAAGCGGCGACGAACCCACCGUCAUCCUCGACACUCACGAAGAUUGGCGGUUCGAGAAGAAUCCUCUCGUCACCGGUCCCCCCCACGCGCGGUUCUACGCAGGGGCACCGCUUCGGACGCAGGACGGAUUUAACGUGGGGACUUUGGCGAUCAUGGACGACGUCCCGCGGCAGGACUUUAGUCCUCGGCAGCGGCAUACCCUGAAGGAGUUUGCUCGCGCUCAACUGGAGCUGACAGGCCAUCGCCAUGCGCGAGAUGGAGUUGUGGCGCGACAAGGCGCGUCGUCCUCAUCUUCGCCCCCCCUGUGGUCACGGCUGACCCAUCCACAGAUCCAGCUGCGGAUCCGCGACCGCAUCCAGACAUCGAUGGAGCAGUUCACGCGCGAGUGCUUGGAGAUCGACACCGACGCGGGCGCCGACGGCGACGCCCGCCCCGCCAAGGCGUUCUCGAUGGACAAGGUGUACGAGCGCGCGGCGAAGCUGGUCAAGAAGACGCUCGACGUCGAGGGCGCGAUUGUGAUGGACGUGUCGCACGCGGACGUGCUCGAGACGAUCAGCGCGGAGGGAACCAUGUCCGUCGUCGUGCACAGCGCGGACGCGCCGGAGGGCACGCGCACGCACAUGCUCAGCGCGGAGGAGUACGCGCGCCUGUACGAGACGUUCGUGCGGUACCCCGACGGGAAGGUCUCCGAGGGUCUCGUGCCCGCGCCCCUGCGGCCGUUCAUCCCGACGGGGAUACAGUACGCGCUGAGCGUGCCGAUCUUCAAUAUCGACAAGCGGCCGUUCGCCAUGCUGUGCGCGUACAACUCGUCCGAGCAGGGCAAACGCUUCAGGAACGCAUGUGUAGCUCGAGGGUCACGAGCUGUCUUAUUUGCGCGCGAUCGGCACGUAUUCGAUUAUUUGCUCGGCCUGUGCGACGCUCAUCUCAGCAUUACAGGCGUCAUCAUCCUGUCCGCCGUCCUGAAGCGACGGAUGACCCUAGCCGACAAGGCAAAGAGCCUGUUCAUAUCAAACAUCUCGCACGAGCUUCGGACACCGCUGCACGGCAUCUUGGCUGCGGCCGAGCUGCUGGCUGACACGCCGCUGAACCACAGCCAGAUAUCUUUUCUGCAGACAGUCCAAGCCUGUGGGACGUCGCUUGUCGAGACCGUCAACCAUGUGCUAGACUUUACGAAGCUGAGCGGAAACUCCAAGGCAGGUGGCGUCGAGCACGUCAUCCGCCCUAGCAAGGUCGAUCUCGUGCAGCUGGUCGAGGAGGCGAUCGAGGGCUGUUGGAUUGGCCAUCGAGCCCGGAUGUCGUCGCUGAACGACUCGGAGAUCGGCAGCCUGUACUCGCCCCCUCGGCAAGACCGCAGCUUUGCGAAGACGCCCUCGAAGCACGUCGAGAUCGUCGUCGAGAUCGGCGAGCGAGAGCAGGGCUGGAUGGUGAAGUGCGAAAAGGGCGGCAUCCGCCGGGUGCUCAUGAACAUCUUCGGCAACAGCCUGAAGUUUACCGUGGUAGGGUUUGACCUUUUGGGCGGACAGCUGUCGCAGGAUCGUUUGCUGAGGGAUUUGAUGAACAGGACGGCGCCGGACGCGGCGCCGAGCAAAGUGAGAGUCGAGCUGUCCGUCGUCGACACCGGAAAGGGGAUCAGUCAAGACUUUUUGAAGAACCAGCUCUUCCACCCUUUUUCGCAAGAAAACCCUCUGCAAACCGGCACGGGUCUUGGUCUCGCAAUCGUAAACAGCAUUGUUCAAUCCAAAGGCAUAGAUGGCAAGGUUGACGUCUGGAGUGCAGAGCACGUCGGGACUGAGAUCAAGGUCACGUUGCCGAUCGAGGCUGCGGAGGACGAUGAAAAGUCGACGAUCAUGGAGCCUCUCACGACCGACGAACCUUGCACUGUCUCCCUGUCCGGCUUCGACGACCAGCACAGGGGUGUUCGGCUCUUACGCGAGGUGCUCACCAAUUAUAUUGUGUCGUGGUGGGGGCUGCAGGUGGCGCCCUUGGACUCGCGUGGCCAGAUCAACGUCGUGAACGAGGAUCUCACGCCGCUGGUCCACGCGAUCGAGUGCAGGGAUCCGAGCCGACCGUUUAUCAUCCUCACGACAGGCCGCGGCGACGACCAGCUGAUGACCACCGUCAACGAGUACGAGCGCAUCGGCGGCUUCUGUCGAGUGCUGUAUAAGCCGGGCGGGCCUUCGCGUCUGAGAGCGAUGCUGAAGCUGUGUUUGUAUUCUCUCAAGAUCGGCCAGCAGACGUCGGCCAGCACGCCCGUGCCGGAGGCCGCAGCGGUCGCCCCGCAUCCUCUGGAGAAGGCCAUGUCCCCCGAGGUGUUGGUGUCUGAAUUCAACAGGCUGUCUGUGCAAGGACUGGAUAACCUCCGUCGGAAUUCGGAGGUCAUGUCUUCGGGACCGAGCGCUCUCGCGAGGCCCGGGUUGGGCAUGCGAUCUAUCACCGCCCACCCUGUAGCUACGUGGAAUGACAUGCCGGUUCCAGAAGAGGAAAACGCGGCUGCUCCUACUCCAUCGCCGGGAGUUCGGCCUAGAGCGCUCAGUCAUAACAUGCCCAGCCCGACCAUCUCUGUCGGCUCGGGGGGCACGCUUCUCAAGUCAUCUGUCGGGUCACUUGAGGCUAGGGAGCGCGUCCGCGUCUUGGUCGUGGAGGACAAUAGCAUCUUGCGUAAUCUCCUUAUUCGGUGGCUCCAAAGCAAAGGCUAUGAAUUCCGCGAUGCUGUGGACGGCCAGGAAGGGGUCCGUAUGUUCGAGUCAGAAGAGCGUUUCGAUGUCAUUUUACUCGACUUGUCCAUGCCAAUCCUGGACGGCGUCGGAGCUACUGUCGCGAUCAGAGGCAUUGAAGCGAUGCGCUCUGAAAAAGACCACCCUGCUCGUAUACUAGCGCUGACCGGCAUGUCUUCCCUCGAGGACAAAAGAAGAGCAUUCGAGGCCGGUGUUGAUGGAUAUCUCGUUAAGCCCGUCGCAUUCAAGACUUUAACUGAGAUGUUCAGUCAACUUGGAAUACCAUGACACUCACCGUACUAUACUAUAGAUUUCGCACCGUCGAGGCCCGCGUUUGCCGGCUCGCCUCGUCGCUCUCUGCCACUAACUCGUUCAUCUUACAUCUGAUCGCAUCCUGCGCGCUGUCGUCUAUUUUACUCUCUGUCGCUGUCUGCAGGUUCCCUGCACCGUCCCGCUCUACACGCCCGGUAUCUUCCUUCUUUCCUUCGUCUGUCUGUCCCUCUCGCACUCUUGCUCUGCACCUCGAUCUUCUCCCCUUGCAUCUCCCCGGUCACUUGUAGCGCUCUAGUUAUCAUAUCCGUAUCUCACCCCUCUUUUUAAUCAUCUCUCGUCAUGUUUAGGUGUACGAUCGUUCCUGUUGCUGCUCGUAUUUGUGUGUACCUUUUCCAAGUUUUGUAGCCUAUCUUUUGCGCGCGUAGGAAUCGCGGGGGAAUC